CCAUAUGAUUUUUAAUUCUACUUGAAUUAUUUCAUUUCUAUUCUACAGGACGAAGCUCGUGGAAAAAAGUGCAGUCUAGAUAGGCAGCGAGCGCUCUGGGUUUCGAGACGCAGUCAGUCUGUGCUGCUCAUUUGCACUCAUAUAUCGGUCCGCUCGCUAAUGCUGGAGGAACUAACGUUAAACCUUUUAAAACCCAUUUCUACAGCUUCACGUCCGACUGAAUCCAAUGUGUGGAGUUCAUCCGGGAUUCUGGAGUGAUUUGAAGAGAAGUUUGAGCUCUUUCUGUUUUUACUGGAGCUAAUGUUAGCCUGCUAGCUCUUUAAUCCGUGUUUAUAAACCUGAUCAAGUCAACAUGAAGAUUACUGUGGAUUUCGAGGAAUGUCUCAAGGAUUCUCCCAGAUUCAGAGCCACUAUUGAGGAGGUGGAGGGCGACGUCUGUGAGCUCGAGUCCAAACUAGACAAGCUGGUGAAACUAUGCAUUGGGAUGAUAGAUGCUGGAAAAGCGUACAACACGGCCAACAGACAGUUUGUGAAUGGGAUUCAGGAGUUGGCACAGCAGUCUGCCAAAGAUGAUGUCAUUGAGUCCAGCCUGAGCAAGUUUGCUGAGAAUCUUCAAGAGAUGAUCAACUAUCACUCGAUUUUAUUUGACCAAGCACAACGAUCAAUCAAAUCACAGCUCCAGACAUUCAUUCAAAAGGACCUUCGGAAAUUUAAAGAAGCCAAGAAACAGUUUGACAAAGUGAGCGAGGAGAAAGAAGCAGCCCUGUCCAAAAAUGCCCAGGUGCCUCGAAACAAACAGCACGAGGUGGAGGAGGCCACCAACAUCCUCAUCGCCACGCGCAAGUGCUUCCGCCACAUCGUCCUGGACUACGUGCUGCAGAUUAAUGUGCUGCAGUCCAAGAGACGAUCAGAAAUCCUCAAAUCGAUGCUGUCUUUCAUGUACGCCCACCUGACCUUCUUCCAUCAAGGUUAUGAUCUAUUCAGUGAACUACAACCCCUCAUGAAACAAUUGACUGGACAGCUGGAUCAGCUGGUGAUGGACUCCACAAAAGAAAGGAAAGAUAUGGAGAUGAAACACUCGACUAUUCAACAGAAGGACUUCUCGAAUGACGACACCAAGCUGGAGUACAACGUGGACGCAGAGAAUGGGAUCGCCAUGGAGGGAUAUCUGUUCAAGAGAGCCAGCAAUGCCUUCAAAACCUGGAACAGGCGGUGGUUCUCAAUUCAGAACAAUCAGCUUGUGUACCAAAAGAAAUUUAAGGAUAACCCUACGGUUGUGGUGGAAGACCUGCGCUUGUGCACCGUCAAACACUGCGAGGACAUCGAGCGCAGAUUCUGCUUCGAAGUGGUUUCUCCAACAAAGAGCUGUAUGAUGCAGGCGGACUCUGAGAAACUCAGGCAGGCCUGGAUCAAAGCCGUCCAGAACAGCAUCGCCACAGCCUUCAGGGACAGAGCAGAGGACGCCGAGAAGAUGGACAGAAAGUCGUCUGCAUCUACAGGCAGCCUGGAGUCUGGCGGCGAGGUGAAGGAGAGGAGUCUGAAGGGCGAGAGCGCGCUGCAGAGGGUCAUGGCCAUCGGCGGGAACAGCGUCUGCUGUGACUGCGGUCAGCCGGAGCCACGCUGGGCCAGCAUCAACCUGGGCAUCACGCUCUGCAUCCAGUGCUCGGGCAUACACAGGAGUCUCGGCGUUCAUUUCUCGAAGGUCCGAUCUCUGACGCUGGACACGUGGGAGCCUGAGCUGCUCAAGCUGAUGUGUGAGCUGGGGAACGGUGUGAUCAAUCAGAUCUACGAGGCUCGACGAGAAGAAUCAGGAGCCAGGAAACCCCAACCAGGAGAUCCCAGGCACGAGGUGGAGGCCUACAUCAGAGCCAAGUACGUGGAGCGCAGGUUUGUGCAGAGGCUCUCUGAAGACGAGAUCAGACAGAAGGUUUUAGCGCUGAGUAAACAAGAUAAGGCUCUCAGCGGCGGUUCUUCAAGAGGAGCAUCAGCAUCGAGUCCCCGUCCGCCGUCCUCUUCCUCAGCGAACCAGCAGUCUCUCUUCUGUGUAGACGAGCUCGAUUCUCUCUUCUCCUACUUUAACACCUCCGCCAGACCCUGCUGUCUGAAGAGCUCAGACGGUGACGUGCAGAGCCUCACAGACGGCAGCAGAGAGACGCUGAGUUCAAGCUCUUCCUCCAGCAACACAGGUCUGUAUCGUGUUGUGUGUCCAGGACACAGAUUGUGUGACGGAUCUCCUCAGAUGCUGACCGUGUGUCCUCCAGAGCCUCACGAGGAGAGUCCAGCUGAAGAUCUGCAGGUGUUCUGCGAGCCGAAGCAGCUGACGCCGGGUCUGCAGCUGUACUGGGCGUCGUUCUCCCGCAGUCUGCCGGACAUGACCCAAGCUCUCGCCCACGGAGCGGGAGUCAACUGGACCAACACGGAGCACGAGAACAGGACGCCGCUCAUCAUGGCCGUCCAUGGGGGGUCUCUGGUCACCUGUGAGUUCCUGCUUCAGAAUUCAGCCAGUGUUAACCAGCAGGACAGUCUGGGAAGAGGACCUCUACAUCACGCCACUAUCAUGGGUCACACGGGGCAAGUGUGUUUAUUUCUAAAACGGGGAGCCAAUCAGAAUGCAGCAGAUGUAGAGAAUCAGACGCCGCUUUCAAUCGCCGUCGAGGCUGCAAACGCUGAUAUCGUCACGCUGCUUCGGCUGGCCAAGAUGAACGAGGAGAUGCGUGAAUCCGAAGGUCUGUGUAGUCAGUCAGGUCAAUAUAACUCUAACAGCCCGACUGAAAUGCAGUAUCGGAAAUGUAUGGAGGAGUUCAUUAACUUACAGCUCAGAGACUCCUGAUAUAUGAACAGAUCUGUAGCAAACGCACAAAACCAGCGAAUGUACACCGAUAUCACAUGAAGCUGAGCCCCAGGAUGGGGAUCUGAAUGUAAAGUGAACAUUAAUAUUACGUUACCGCUAAAACAUCUGCAAUAACCAGUCUUGUGAAAGAGCGAUGUGAAAACACGUGUCUUAAAACUGUCAGACUGUACAAGAGUAGUGUAAUGAAAACUCGAUCUAAUCAUAUAAUCCUGAGUGCUCUGGCACAUUCCUGAUAUUUAUCACAAUAUUAUAUUUGAGGAAGUGAAAUCAAAUCAGUAUGCUUAUAAAUAUUACAUUUAUGAAGACAUAAGUAGAUCUGUACUAGUAAGUCAGUGUUAGUUCUGGAUUACACCACACUGUAUCUGACCAUAUCUACCGUCUUUUCCGGACUAUAAGUCACACUUUUUUUCAUAGUUUGGCUGGUCCUGCGACUUAUAGUCAGGUGCGAUUUAUUUAUCAAAAUUAAUUUGACAUGAACCAAGAGAAAACAUUACCGUCUCCAGCCGCCAGAGGGCGCUCUGCUCAGUGCUCCUGUAGUCUACCACUAAUAAACAUAGAGCGCUCUCUUGUGGCUGGAGACGGUAAUGUUUUCUCUUGGUUCUAAGUAAGUGCGACUUAUGUGUUUUUUUUCCUCAUCAUGGCGUAUUUUUGGACUGAUGCGACUUAUACUCAGGUGCGACUUAUAGUCCGAAAAAUACGGUAAUCACAUCUAGUCAGAAAAUCUGGUUCCCUGAUUAGCGCUAAAUCUCCAUC